CACACACUUUAAUUUUUUUUUAAGUCAAAUCAAAUGUCAACUCAAAUAAUUAGAUAACAACAAAAAAAAUCCAAUGACAUCUGACUUGUUUGUCCAAUCUCUUGUGCGCUCUCGAAUUUGACUGUGACGGUGACGGUGUGUGCUCAUGUAUCCAAACGCACGGUGGCACAAAAAAAACAGGUCCUGGGACUGUUAAUCCGUCAUGCAUCCAUGUGUCCACGUGUCCAUGAGUCCGCACACUUCCAGACGCACCGACCGACAAUGAACGCGAGGACACGAGCCACAAAGGACGUCUGGGUUUUGCGCAAAGGGUUCACGCUCUUUCCGGUAAGUGCACACAUUCCGGUAAGAUAUCUUCUUUACCUGAUGUCGCUUAAUGAUUGUAAAUGUAUGCCAAUUAUAAUUUAAUUUAUAUAUUUAAUAAACAAACAAACAAAACCCAAGGUAAUAGGAUUUACCCUCUUAAAAUCCUGAAGCAGCAUUUUACAUCCAGAUUGUUUUGUUUAAUUAUAUUAUUGAUAAUAUUACAUAUAAUAAGUAAACUAUAUGCUUUAACUUCACUCAGUUUCAUAAACUAGAUUAAAUUUGGUCAUGUAUUGUGGGGAUAAACAAACAAUAAUUGGAUGCCUGAAUUAAUCUGGGAACUCAGAUAUUCUUCUUUAAGAGCUUUAUCCUGAUCAAGGUUGCAGAUGAUGCAGAAACUCUCUCAGGAUCACCAAAUGCAAGGCAGGCAUACCUCCUGGACAGGGCAUCGCAUUGGCUGAACUAAAGGUGGAACUCCAGAUGUUUGGGGAAGCUGCUGAUCGAUGGAUGGUAUUUUGGUGGGUGGUGCAUCUUUGCAUAAUAGGUAUAUCAGUAGAAGGAAGCCCACCUUGCCCAGAGAAAUGUGAGUGCACACAUGAACCUUUCAAGGUCAAUUGCUCCUCAUCUCAACUAAGCUUAGUACCGAAAGGUAUUCAUAAAAACACACAAAGCCUCAAUCUGGCCAAUAAUCUACUGAAGACACUUGGGAAACAUCAGUUCUCUGACCUAGAACAGCUUCAGGAACUGGAUUUGAGUGAAAAUAUGCUGACGAUGAUUGAAGUGCAAGCAUUCUCUGACCUUAAAAACCUCCUCAUUUUGAGGAUUUCCCAAAAUCGACUUAAGGUCAUUCAGGUGGGAGUAUUCUCUGGACUUCAGAGCCUCUGUCUGCUGGACAUUAGCAAGAAUGAAAUCCUUGUCUUUCUCAACGACAUGUUUUAUGAGCUGCCAUCCCUAAAGAAGCUGUACAUGAAUGAGAAUGAGCUUGUGUUCAUCCCAAACCGUGCUUUUAGUGGCCUACUAUACCUCCAGGAGCUUAACUUGGAUGGCUAUAACCUUUCUUCCACCCCAACUGAGGCACUGUCACAGCUUCCCAGGCUUGUGCGACUACAUUUCACUCACACUAGUCUCACAGUGCUACCCAACAAUUCAUUUAGGCAGCUGACUCAGCUCAGAGAGCUUACAUUAUCCCACUGGCACAAGCUGGAUACGCUCUUAUCUAAUAGCUUAACUGGACUCAACCUUACCGCUCUGACCCUCAGUUACUGCAACCUGAGCUCAGUGCCCUAUGCUUCUUUGCGCCAUCUGGUUUAUCUGCUCUACUUGGACCUGUCCUACAACCCUAUCAACUCCAUCAAGGCACAUCUCCUCAGAGACCUUUUACGGCUGCAAGAGUUUCAUUUGGUUGGUGGGAAUCUGAAGCGGGUGGAACCAGGUGCUUUUCGUGGCCUUGUAAACAUUCAGGUAUUCAAUGUCUCAUUAAAUUACUUAUCAACACUAGAAGAAACUGUAUUCCAAUCAGUAGAGUCACUUCAGGUACUUCGUCUGGACGGGAACCCACUUGCCUGUGACUGCAGACUAUUUUGGGUGCUUCAACAUCAUCUUCAUUCAAAAACUGAUGAACAGCCAGCAAGCUGUGCGUCACCUUUACAGGUGCAGGGUAGAGCAUUCAAAGAGAUUAUGGAGUCUGAGCUUCCAAUGUUGUUUAUUUGUAGACCGGCACAUAUUCUCAACCGCAAGCCACAAGAGGUGCAUGUGGAGGAGGGCCAAACAGUUUUGUUCCUUUGCCAAGUAGAUGGAGACCCAUCCCCCUCUAUUAACUGGGUAAGCCCUCAGCGGGCACUUUUGCCCACCACAGGUCGGAUCCGUGUGCUGUCCAAUGGAACCCUUGAGGUACGUUACGUACAAUUACAAGACAGUGGCAUCUACUUCUGCUUUGCAUCCAAUGUUGCAGGUAAUGACAGUAUUUUUGUUAGACUGUGGGUGCGAAGAUUCACCACCUCUUCAACUCGGAAUCGCUCUGCCCACUUUUUUCUGGAUGGCUGGAGGUUUACAUCCACUCAUUCACCAGCAAAUGGAUCGUCAGAUUCUCAGACUUUUCCCUUAGACAUGAAAACACUUCUGGUUGCAGUAACAAUGGGCUUUCUGUCUUUCCUAAGCUCUGUUGCAGUGUGCUUUAUAUUCAUGUUCUUCUGGAGUCAGAGCAAAGGGCAAAUUAAACAUACAGCCGCAAUUGACUUUGUUCCGCACAGUACAGGAGGAGGAUCGGAGGGCGGACGGACCAGAAUGGAGACUGGCAGGUUUACCAUGAAGCUUAUCUAAUACCUGAAGCUAAAAUAAAAACACCAUUUAGAUAAAAGUGUGAAGCCAUAUUAUGGCUGGGAAUAUGAAUUUAUGGUAUGAUAAUAAGGAAUCUGAGCAAAUUCCUAGGCAGUUGUCUUGAAGUUGUUUUGAAAUCAGUGGGGCUUUCAGUAGUUCUGAAAAUGACAGCAUUGCAAAAAAAAAACUACAUUUAUUAUAGAAAGCAAACAGAGAAGUGUUUUCAAUAUAAUUAGACAUCUAAUCAUGAUUUUUCACUGAGCAUUGAGCUGCUUUUCAUGGCAUGCAUGAGCAUAUGUGUUUAUUCAAAGUGUAUUGAUAACAGAACUUCUGCUGAGCAAAGCAAUUAAAGCUCAUUCUUCAAUACACACAGCAUGAUAGUAUGUGAAAAGAAAUUAUAUUUACAACCGUUAAAUGUGGUAUAGGAAGGUAGCUGAAUAUGUAUGUACAGUUGUAUAAAAUGUAUAUACUGUAUGUACAGUUGAGUGAAAAUGAAAGUGCACCCUCUUUGAAUUAUAUGAUUUAUGUAUCAGGACAUAAUUAUCAGGUCUUGAAAUUAGGUAAAUGCAACCUCAGAAGAACAUAUUACACCUUGUCAUCAUAAAAAUAUAUAUUUUUUUUACAAAAAUCAAGCCAAACUGAAGAAACUAUUUAGCAGCAAUAAUGUGAAAGAAUUAUGUUCCGUAUGACUUUAUCAGUCUCUUACAUUAUUUUAAAGGAGUUCUGGCUCACUCUUCUUCACAAUGUUGCUUCAGUUCAUUGAGGUUUGCAGGCAUUUGUUUAUGCACAGCUCUCUUAAGUCCUGCCACAGAAUUUGAGUGAGGUAUGGGUAGUGAGGUCUGUAAAAUGACUGGGCCAUUGCAACACCUUGAUUCUGUUCUUUUUCUGUCAUUCUCUUGUAGAGUUGCAUAAAAUAGUUAUCCUCUUUCAAGACUCAAUUUCGGAUAUGGCCUCAUAUUCGACUUUAGAAUGUUUUGGUAUAUAAAGGAGUUCAUGGGCAACUUGCAUUUGUUGAGUUGCCCGGGACCUGUAGCUGCAAAACAAGCCAUAAUCAUCACCCCUCCACCACCCUAAUUGACAGUUGAGUAUGAGGUAUUUGUGCUGGUAUGCUGUGUUUGGUUUUAGCCAAACAUCUCCACUUUAGUCUUGUCUGUCGAAAGUUCAGCGUUUCAGACGUCUUGUAGUUUGUUAAGAUACAACUUUGCAAACUGAGCCAUGCUGCCAUUUUUUUUUUUUUUUUCGUUUUCCAAAAGAGGAGUUAUUCUCCUAGCAACCUUUAAAUAUAAUACUUUUUCAGUAUUUUCUACUGUAAUUAACUUCAAAAUUUAACAUGCUAACUCAGGUCUAUAGAGUCUGAUAUUUAUUUUUUUAUUUUUUGCAAUUUCUUUGAGCAUUGCAUGGUCUGACCUUGGGGUGAAUUUGCUGGUACAUCCACUCCUAGAGAGAUUGCUUUAAAUAUUUUUCACUUGAUUGAUGGGCAGCAACAAUUGCUUCUCUACAAUCAUUGCUGACAUCUCUACUCCAUGGCGUUUGCUGAAUGCUCCAGCAAACUUUUUAAACUUUGUCUUUCAUAGAGGUGGUAACACUUGCUGAUGAUCAAUUAAUUAAGGGCAUUUAAUUAGCAGCACCCGGCUGCUACUUAGCUUCUAUUUAGUUUUUCACAUGUGACCUUUUCCAUUUUGGCGUUAUUUUCACAAAAUAAAUAAUGACAAUAUGCAAUAUGUCAUAUGUUGUUUAUUAUCUAAGGUUGUAUUUACCUAAUUGUAUGUUCGGUUAUGUAAAACAAUAGAAUUCAAAGAGGAUGUAUUUCAAUUUUUACAUGGCUAUAUGUUAUGAUAGCUAAUGAUAAGAUUUGUUUUCUUCGUUUAUGAGUUGAAUAUAUAUGCUGAUACGAUAUGAAAGACACCAGAUUGUAUUAUAACAUAAUACCAAACCUGAAUGAACAAAGACUUCGUAGUUAAUGUUCAUUAUUUAUUAUAAUAAAACUUGCUACUUGAUUUUACGUUCUAAACUUAUGUCUUGUCAGGCAAUUCACUGUAUGUAUCUACAAGCCAUAUCUUAUAGGUUAUAUUCUUUUGAUUCUUUUUACAUUUUGUUUUUCAGCCACACCAGAUGUUGUAGACUAAGACUUAAGAUUUUUUUAUAUUUUAAAACAUAAAACAUUCAUACAAAAAGCUCUCACUUUUUUGUCAUUAGCUGUUUUUGUUUUUCUGUUUCUUGGUACACCAAUGGUUUCUUUAUUUUUAUUUUUACUUUUUUUCUUUUUUUAGAAUUGUCCAAUUUGUUGUAUUGAUGUGCCCAGUGAUAUAUUUUCUUGUGUGAGUGGUAGCUCAGUGGUUAAGGCUUCGGCUUAACUCUCAAUGCUCCAGGGGUUUUAUGUGUAUUAUGGCUGAACUCUGCGCUCUGACCCCAGCUUUCUAACAUUGUUAGUAUAUGCAAAGUGUCUUUCAGAAUGGCUUGUUUUUAUCCAAUAGACCUCUUUAUGACUUUUGUGUUAGUUAUCCUUUUUUAAACAAAUUCACCCUUCACAGGUGCACCUGAAAUUAAAAAUCAAGUGUAAAAUAUUUCUAUAUUGUUAUUUAUUGUUUAUACGAUCAGUUCAACAGUAAACACCUGGCCAACAAAAACACCUGUCAGUCACAUGUUCUAAUAUUUUUGUUGGCUUUAAAUUUGGGUUGUUUAGCACAAAAUAUGCUCUAUGUCUGUUAUUUGUUCUGUGUUGUUUAAUACAUUUACAUACCAACGGUAUCUUCUCAGACUCAAACCCAAAUAUCUUCAAUCUAUAGCAAAAACUAGUCUAAAAUUGGUUUUUCAUUCCAGUAGUUUAUGAGAGGGUGCAAAAAUCUACAGAGAACCAUCAUUCAGCCAGUACGGAAGAAACACUCAGUGUGGGUUCGCCUGAUUUUAACAAACUAGAUACAGUUGAUUGAUUCUUAAUGUUAUUGCUUUUUUCUUGCUCUCUACCUGUUUUUGGAGAAUUGUGUGGCUUGCUCAGUGACUUUUAUUAUUACUUGUUAUUGAUUUUGCCUUUGCUGUAUGAAUUAAAUU